GCGGGCGGAACGGCGAGGCGCCGGCGCGGGAGGCCCACCAUGAGGCAGAAGAAGAAAGGGGAGCCCAGCCGGGCGGAGCGGAUGAUGAGGACGGUCGCGGACGUCAUCGGGCAGCUCAUCGAGGCGCACGAGCAGGGCCGGGACGUCAACCUGAACAAGAUAAAAACAAAGACAGCCGCCAAGCACGGUCUGUCCGCACAGCCCCGCCUGGUGGACAUCAUAGCUGCUGUGCCCCCGCAGUAUCGCAGGACGCUGGUGCCCAAGCUCAAAGCGAAGCCCAUCCGCACGGCCAGCGGGAUUGCUGUGGUGGCCGUGAUGUGCAAGCCGCACAGAUGCCCGCACAUUAACUUCACCGGCAACAUCUGCGUCUACUGCCCAGGAGGUCCCGAUUCCGACUUCGAGUAUUCAACGCAGUCUUACACCGGAUACGAGCCGACCUCGAUGAGGGCCAUCCGUGCCAGGUACGACCCGUACCUCCAGACCAGACACCGAGUCGAGCAGCUGAAGCAGCUGGGCCACAGCGUGGACAAGGUGGAGUUCAUCGUGAUGGGCGGAACGUUCAUGGCCCUUCCCGAGGAAUACAGGGAUUACUUCAUCCGGAACUUGCAUGACGCCUUGUCGGGUCACACCUCCAACAACGUGGCCGAGGCCGUCAGAUACUCCGAGCGAAGCCUUACGAAGUGCAUUGGAAUUACGAUAGAGACCAGGCCGGAUUACUGCCUGAAGCGGCACCUGAGCGACAUGCUCUCCUACGGAUGCACCCGGCUGGAGAUUGGUGUUCAGAGCGUCUACGAGGAUGUUGCCAGGGAUACGAACAGGGGCCACACGGUGAAGGCCGUGUGUGAAUCCUUCCACCUGGCCAAAGACGCGGGGUUCAAGGUGGUGACGCACAUGAUGCCCGACCUUCCCAAUGUGGGCCUGGAGCGAGACGUGGACCAGUUCGUGGAGUUUUUCGAGAACCCCGCCUUCCGUCCCGACGGCAUGAAGCUCUACCCGACCCUCGUGAUCCGUGGCACCGGCCUGUAUGAGCUCUGGAAGACGGGGAGGUACAAGAGCUACCCUCCAAGCACCCUGGUGGAUCUGGUGGCCCGGAUCCUGGCUCUCGUGCCGCCCUGGACCCGUGUGUACCGCGUGCAGAGGGACAUCCCGAUGCCGCUGGUCAGUUCUGGGGUGGAGCAUGGAAACUUGCGAGAGCUUGCGUUGGCUCGGAUGAAGGACCUGGGGACGGAGUGCCGAGACGUGAGGACCCGGGAAGUCGGCAUUCAGGAGAUUCAUCACAAAGUGAGACCUUACCAGGUUGAGCUGAUCCGGAGGGACUACGUGGCCAACGGCGGCUGGGAGACCUUCCUCUCCUACGAGGAUCCCGAGCAAGACAUCCUGAUCGGCCUGCUGCGCCUGCGGAAGUGCUCGGCGGAGGCGUUCAGGGCCGAGCUGAAGGGAGGCGUCUCCAUCGUCCGCGAGCUCCACGUCUACGGGAGCGUGGUUCCCGUGAGCAGCCGGGAUCCUUCCAAAUUCCAGCAUCAGGGCUUUGGGGUGCUGCUCAUGGAGGAGGCUGAGCGCGUGGCCAGAGAAGAGCACGGCUCCCGGAAGAUCGCCGUGAUUUCAGGUGUGGGCACCCGGGACUACUACCGCAAGAUUGGCUACGAGCUGGAAGGCCCCUACAUGGUGAAGAGGCUGGACUGACGGACCCCGCGCGACGUGGGAGGCCGGGCCUGGCAGGAACGGCGCCGCCCGCCAGGCAGCCUGGUCUCGGGCGGGAGCGGCAUUUCGGGCCGGAUCGGUCCGUGCGUUCUGAAGCUCUCCACAGACCUGCGGGUUCCCCGAACCGGCCGUGUUCCUCGUGUGUCCCGUUGCAGGUGGGCAGCGACCCCUGCUGCAGCCGUCCCCCAACCCAGCCCCCUCUCGUUGUGCUGGACUGCAGUUCCCAUCAUCCUCAGCCAGCAUGCCUAGGGGUGAUGGGAGUUCUAGUUCAACCCUUCUGGGGGCAGUGGGGCAAGGCUGCCUUUGAAUGUCGAGUCCAGAGACACAUCAAGUCUGGUUUUAGUUGAUCUGCAGCUGCCUAGGAUUUCCUUUUUUCUCACUCCGUGUGCGCCUCUGGUUUUCAUUGGGCUGUUGGUUUUCUUAGCUGUAAUGAGCAGUCUAUCCUCCUUUCAUUAUUUUUUUUCAACUCUAGCACCCGCUUGUGUCAGCAAGCUCCUUCACGAGGACUAGAACCUUAAUACCUAGGACGAGGUAUUAAUACGAGGACUAGACCCUUCACACCACAAUCUGCUCACAAUCUGCCUUGAGCUAGAGCAGACUUUUGCCCCUCUCCCAGUGAGGACAUUGUGGCGAGGCCGUCACAUCUGACGGACUUUCGGGCCAGGACUUGCUCUCUUUGUUGUCCGGCUCCUCACCCCUGUGCUACGAGGAGGCCUAGCGCAGCUGCCGCCUUCUCUGCCUCCUGGGAAGCUCAGACCCCGAUUUAAGACUCUGCUGGGCUUCCUUUCUUGACACGCUUUCAGCUGCUUGAAGUGGCAGGUCUUGGCUUGGCUCUCCCGCAGCAGGAGAGGAACGGACUGGCCCCUUCCUUCGUGGGGACUCAUUUCCAAAUUACUCACCCUCCCGCAAGCCGAAAAUUCAAAGAGCGUGCCUCUGCUUCUGCCGGAAGACCCUGCGUUUUUUAAGGAGUGUUUUCCCACAGUGCCUGCGCAGAGGGGAACCGUUGUCAAGCUUGCUUGUUUCUCGGGUGGCGUCGAAUCAGCAACGGGGCCUCUCGCAGGUGAUUUCAGGUAGUCUUUGCUGUGUUUGAUAGGCAGCCUGGCUUAAGCACUUUGGGGUCAAAGGCCACUUUAUGGUUUUGGCUCAAGCGACCAGGAGGAGGGGAAUGUCCGGUGCAGCCAUCGCUUCUGCGGACUGCCUGUCGUGGGGUAAAAACAGCCAAUAAGACAAUAAAACUUCUUUGCAGUUCA